UGGGCGGCGGCUUAUCGAACAGCGGCGAACUAGAGUCCCUUUCCGGGGUGGUGGGGCGGCCGUUCAGGCGCCUCCCAGCGAGGCGAAAGUGCUGCGGGGAAUCUGCGGCCUCGCUCCCGUUCCGCAGCCCGGAAGCAGGAAGCGCCAGGCCCAGCCCUCCUCCGCGCCUGCACGGGGAGCGCCGCUCCCAUGUUCGCUGCUGCUCCGCCUUUCCAGUCUGGUGGGAGCCACCCGGGCGGCGGUUCAUGGGGAUUUUUCACCAGAGGACAUGGAGCUUUCUGCCAGCGAUCUCAGCAUUUAUGAUAAACUCUCGGAGACCAUUGACUUAGUGAGACAGACUGGUUAUCAGUGUGGUAUGUCUGAAAAGGCCAUUGAGAAAUUCAUCAGGCAACUCUUGGAAAAAAAUGAGCCCCAAAGGGGACCCCCACGCUACCCUCUUUUGAUGGUACUCUAUAAGGGCCUAGUUAUGCUGGGUUUAGUUUUACUAACUGCGUACUUUAUGAUCCAGCCGCACACGCUUUCGCCACCUGAAACGACGCUCUCCAGAACCCAUGCGUGGGGCUCCCUCAUUAGUCAUAUCCGACUGCUGCCUUUACCAAUUACCAAGAAGUAUAUGCUGGAGAAGUGUCAAGACUGGUGGGGCUUGGAUUGUAGACAGAAUGUGUCUCAGACUGCCAACUGCUCCUGCUCCGUGAAGAACCUUGUGGCUGCUGCUGACCUAGGGCAGCUAUCAGAAAAACUACUGCAAACUCAGCCUCUCUUCAUCAAGACAGGACAGUAUCGGUCUUAUGCUGAAAUGAAGCAUUUUCAGUCUCUGUACCCUGGAUUGACAGAUUUCAUCAUAUUGGAGGAAUCAGCUGAGAGAUGGAGCAGUCAUUCAGGGCAAGGAGUUCACAUUUUCUGGCAAAAUCCUCUGGAUAAAACUCGGAUUCUGCAGGAGAUUUUUCCCAUCUUCUCUUCGCUGCUGCUUCCAAAGACUAUUUCUCUAAAAAGCUGCUUUCUCAUCCACAACUCAGGCCUCCAGGAUAAGACAUACAGACUGCAGAGCACCUUUGUGGUUGGAAGUGGUCAGCUUACCUUGAAUGUUAUCCCUUCUCCGUUGUGCAGAGAACAUUGCAAAACAGUGAUAGUGGAGCUGGAAGCCGGGGAUAUUGGCUUUGCAAAUGUGGAUUAUUGGAUAACGGGCUUUAACUCCAGGGGAUCAGAACCUACUGUUGUUUGUGAUGGAUCUGCCAGUUAAAAACUGUCGAGAGGUGGGCCUUCUGCGGAAUAAGAGCACUCGGGAUCCAAGGCAAAGGAAAUGGAAUACGAAAGAUUUAAGGAUGGUUAGCCACCAUUUCCAAGGAUGUAUCUUUACCCCGUUGUGUGUGACUGCAGUGAAGGAAGGAAUACACUUUAGAAGGGCAUCUUCUCUUGACCUUCAAGAUAACUUUGGCCUGUCCUUCAAACGUCUUGGUAGGAGUUGGAGGUGCCUCCCCUUUCUUUGUGUGUAGAUUUCUCUUUGAAAGCAGAUGUGUUCUGGUGUGGGGUGAGGGUGGAAUUGCUCUUUUGACACACUCUACAAGUGUGCAAUGCACUCUACAUGUUUCUUUUUCCACCUCUUCCCUAGUGUUGAGAUACGCAUUCUUGCUGCUUUCUUGGCCUGGGUCCGUUUAAUGCCAGAUCCAAGAUUUUUUUCAAAAUGACUAAUAGUUGCAUCAAGCAGCCAAAUUUGCUAGAGGGUUUCUUCUUCUUCUUCUUCUUCUUCUUCUUCUUCUUCUUCUUCUUCUUCUUCUUCUUCUUCUUCUUCUUCUUCUUCUUCUUCUUCUUUUUUAAACAUUUCAGAACAUGCCAAGCACUACUCUUCUGAAAACUAGGUCUUUUUGAGCUGUCUAGGUUGGACUACCUUGGUUUCAUUUAAUCACUGCCUAGGAAAUUAAAACUUUUUGUGCAUAUUUUGCUUGAACACUGUCCAGCUCUUGUUUCAAAGAUGCUGAUGGAUGGAUGCUUUUACGGGCAAGAUUGGAACAAACAGAUUCUUAAGGCUUGUGCCGUGAAUACGCUUGCCCUCUUCUUUCCCCCUAUGUUUUGUUAGUGUUUUCUCAUGUCUUAAUCCAUGUUUUUGAAUACAUGUUGAUUAUUCUUGAGCUCCUUCCAAGCUUUGUGCGUUUCCCCUUGCUGCUCAUGGGCUCAUCUGUGCCUUUAGAGAGGAUCAGUUUCAAGCAUGUGCUGUCUACAUUUGUAGUAGUGCUUCCCAGGAGUGAAUCUUUUAGGUUCCUGCUGCGUUAAGACAAUUUGCAGAUGUGUGAGGUUGAAGUUGGAUCCCAGUAAUGAAGGCUGGGGCAUACAAUUUAGCAUGUUUUAUGUGCUAUUGGGGAUUAUUUUGUUUCAAUCAAGUUAACAAUGCAACUUUCCACAUGAAAAGUAAAAAAAAAAGUUCAUUUGUAAAUAUAGGUCAUUUUAAAGGAAGAGAUUCAAGCAAUCUAUCUUUUCUAGAAGAUAAGGUGGGGUAUAUUAAUUUUAUGAUAAUAGCAAUUAAGGGUCCCUAACUGGGUCCUAUUCUACUUGAUUCUCUGCAGAUAUGCAGAUUGCAUCUUCCCCACCUUUUUCCAGUAUAUAUUCUAUUUUGGAAACAUGCAUAAACUGAUUUGCAGUCUUAAGUGGGAGAUGCAUAUGACAGUGAACUUGGAUACAUGUGUGUUUAAAAGAUCAGUACAGUAUAUAAAUAAGAGGCAGCACUAUAGAGACUUGGGUUUUUGGAGGAUUGGCAUUUAAUCUGCCUCAUUCUUUAGCGUUUCCCUUAACCAGAUGGUGAACCUUUCCCCCACCUUCCUUUUCUGCAUAGAGGAAAUUAUCACACUUUUUAUUAACCUACUUGAAGUCCAUAAAGAAAAACAACAACUCUACAUUAGAGCCCAAGUAUCAUUUUAAGCAUUUUAAGCUCCCGUUGUUCAGUCCCAGCUCCUGCCAACCUAGCAGUUCGAAAUCACGUCAAAGUGCAAGUAGGUAAAUAGCGGGAAGGUAAAUGGUGUUUCCGUGUGCUGCUCUGGUUCGCCAGAAGCGGCUUUGUCAUGCUGGCCACAUGACCUGGAAGCUGUACGUCGGCUCCCUUGGCCAAUAACAUGAGAUGAGCGCUGCAACCCCAGAGUCGGUCACGACUGGACCUAAUGGUCAGGGGUCCCUUUACUUUAUCAUUUUAAGCAGAUUUGUGAUAAUAGCAAGUUCAGUAGGAAAAAUGUACUUUGUUUAAUUCUAACGAAAAAGCAGAGCGAUUUAAUUGAACAUUUACAGGACAACAUGUUCAGAUAAGUUGAAAAGGACCACAUUCCACAUAAGUUAAUAGAAGUUCCGUGACAUCAUCGUUUUUACUCUCCUGGCCCCUCUGCUGCUGGGAUUUACACACUGAAGCUAGCAGGUAUCGGAAUUCUUAUGUACCAGCUUUUAACCAAGGGUUAUUGUAGAUUUACACAGAGUACAGUAUGCCAUGAACUGUGGUGUGUUGGCAUCCUUCCCCCCCCCCCUUGCAAGUAAUGCAAAUAGCAACAAAUCCAAAGUAGAAAUUUACAUGAUGGAAGAUACAGCGAUUGGUCAACACAUGAACAAAGCUUUGAUAGUGAAAUGCCUGGAUUUUAGGGAAUUGUGUUAGUGAUACUAGCUGCUUAAUAGUUGGCUUAAUAGGGGGUGGGGAAGAAUCAGUCUUUCAGUCAACUCGGGGUCUCUAGAGAGGAAUAGUUUUAAAGGCCAGUUUAUACAUGUGCUGCACAAGUGUUCCCAUAAAAAUGCUUUCUCUUUCCCAACCUCAAAUGCCAGUCAGGAAAUAGUCUCUUGGCCGAAGAUAAUGAAUUUGUCCUGCAUACGGACUGGCUUUCCACGUGCUCUUGGUCUUUGCAUAGGUUUCCAGAUCUUUGUCUAGGAGGUGCUAUGCACAUGUCCAAGCCUCAUUCCCUCUGGAGUUUACAUCAUUUGUUUUCAAACUUCCAGUACAUUUUCUCCUUCUCGUUCACAAGCUGCAAGGAAUUAAAACAAGUAAUUGCCCAACAAGAAUCAGAGCUCCAAGUUCUCUGAUUUUCAACUGAUUAAGAGCCUUCAAUUAGAUCAGAGUUUCUCUUGUCUGAUUUUUGGAGUGCAAGCUACCAUUCUGAAGUGUUUUUAAGCACCUGUUACCAUCCUUUUCGGCAAUGGCCAGAGAAGUUGUGUCGGCACCUUUUUGCAUUUAUGGUUGGAGAAUAUAGAAAAGAAACUUUGCCUAGAUCAAGUUCAUUGCGAACUAGAACUUAGCGCCUGUGACUAAUUAUCUAAUGAUGCAAAUAUUAAGCGUAAGAAACCUAUUCUGGAGACAAGUCAGCCCCAACAAAGCAAAACUCUCAAAGUCAUUGGAAUGGAAUAGUUUCCAAAAGUCUGCAAGAAGCAUGUGCUGAGAACCCUUGGAAGUUGGACAAAUUCCAAACGCCGUUGCUAUUUGUGAUGAAAUGUUCUGGUGACACACUUUUUAAAAAGAGAAGCUCAGCAAGGAAUAAAUGCAAAUAUUGGCUCUCACUAUUUUUCACACCCCUUGAAUCCUAUAUAUUGCUUCUGUUGCACGCCAUUAAUUCUUUCCUGAAGAAAAUGUUUUUGGUUCCUUCUGUGAUCUUAGCCAUGUACCUUGGCCUGCUUUGCUCUUUUAAUCUUCUGAAGAAGCAAACUGUCUCAUCUGCUGUGCUGCAGUAUUUACAGAGAUCAGUGACUGUCUGAAAUUACAGCACAUUCCUAAAUCCUGUGACUAAAAUCCAAAGGAGGGGCUCGUCAUGGCGCCAUGGGUUGGCAGGUUUAGUUGUUAAUGUUGACAAGCCAAGAUAUGAAGACCAUUUGCCAGUUUCUUAGUAAUAAAGAUUUUUCCUUAUGAGCAAAUCAGAUCGCCUUGGUAAACUGAAGUGACGUGACAUAGAAUCAUAGACUUGCAAGGCUGGAAGGGACCCCAAGGGUCAUCAAGUCCAACCCUCUGCAAUGCAGCAGUCUCAACUAGAUAAUACAUGGCAGGUGGCCAUCCAACCUCUGCUUAAAAACCUCCAAGGAAGGAGUGUUCACCACCUCUCGUGGGAGUCUGCUCCACUGUUGAACAGCUCUUGCUGUCAGAAAGUUCUUCCUGCUGUUUAGUCAGAAUCUCUUUUCCUGUAACCUGAAGUCAUUGGUUCGGGUCCUACCCUCUGGAGCAGGAGGAAACAAGCUUGUUCUAUCUCCCAUGUGACAACCCUUCAGAAAUUGGAAGGUGGCUAUCAAAUCUCCUCUCAGUCUCUUAUGUCCAACAUGCCCCUCCUCUACAUGCCCAACUCUCUCAACCAUUCCGCAUAAGGCUUGGUUUCCAGACCCUUGAUCAUCUUGCCCCCAUGCACACAUUCCAGAAUGCCAGUAUCCUCCUUAGGUUGUGCUCAGAACUGGACACAGUUCUCCAGGUGUGGUCUGACCAAAGCAGAAUAGAGCGGGGCUAUUACUUCCCUUGAUCGGGACGCUCUGCUUCUAUUGAUGCAGCCUAGAAUAGCAUUAGCUUCUUUGCUGCUGCAUCACACUGUUGACUCACGUUAAGCUUGUGGUCUACGAAGAUCCCUAUAUCCUUUUCACAUGUACUACUGGCAAUCCAAAUGUCCCUCAUCUCAUAUUUGUGCAGCUGGUUCUUGUCCUGCCUAAGUGUCCUGGCUUACAUGUGUCCCCAUUGAAAAUCAUUUUGUCAGUUUGGGCCCCAUUCCCCAAUCUGUUAAGGUGAUGUUGAAUCCCAGUUCUGUCUUCAGUGGCUACCCAUCCUAGGGUGGUGUCAUCUGCAGAUUUGAUGAGCAUCCCCUCAAUACCUUCAUCCAAGUAAUGGCAGGAAGAAGUGAAUGGGGAGGAGAGAAGCUUAUUGGACAUAAGGCAUUCAAAUAAAGGCUUUCCCAGUUGCCUAGGAACACCUAUUUCCAUGGACAUCUAUUGUUUAAAUUGGCAUGAUUCCCUCCCCACACACCCCUCUCAGCAACCUUCAGACUUACAGUAAUUUCUAAAAGCCCUGUGCAAUUUUUCUGAAGCAAAGGAGAGUUUGGAGCAUUCUUAGUCUUUUUCAACAAUGAUAGACAGAGCAGAACCCUUCCUGAUGCAGAAUGGGAGAAGAUACUGUGUGUGUGUGUUUAAGGUAUCUGGAUAGUUUUAGAUUUGAAAGGGAAGGGGCAAGCCCAUUUAAUUAAGACUCGUUAUGAAUUGGGCUUGCAGGAUCAGGCCUUCCUUGAACCACUGUUCUGCCAGAUGAUGAGCAUCCUUAGGAUUCAUUAGCUACACUGGCGUCUCUGGGCUCCCUGGGCCCACAAAGACCAAAUCACAAGUGUCAAGAAAUUCAGCUGCUUUGUAACCAGUGAAUGGAAGGCAUUAGCAUCUCAGAGUAUUGGGCUCUUUUUCUUUGUUUAUCUUAUGUAGGGAAAUGUAUAGUUCGAGGAAGCCUGAAAAUGAUGGCUUUUAAAAAGGAAACUAUGUAAUUUGCUCUUUCAUUGAAUGUGGGAAAUGCUGGGCUUUCCUGUUGUAUUUGAGACUUGAACAAAUGACUUUUAUUUUUUAUUAAUGUUUUUUGUCUGUUCAGGGAAUAUGGGUACAAUGGCUCACUGUUAUACAUUAUAAUGGCUCAGGGGUAAUAGGGAAAGUAACUGUAUGUACACAUACAGUUUUGGACAAGCGCAUACACCAAAUUAUGGAACUCUUGUUUCUAAUAAAAGAAUGUAAAUAUGCAAUUUUAUGAACAAUUAUAGAUUAAUAUAUUGCAACCAUUUGUAAAUACUUGGGAAAUGCCUGUAAAUAAUGUAAAUAUGUCAGAUUUGUAUGUUUGUGGGUGGGGUCAAUUUCUACUUUUUGCAAUUAAAUACAGCUGUUGAUGCACUUUCCCCCAUAUGGCUCUUUUUGUUUAUUAAAUACAAAGUGUCACUAAAAGCCACUGUUUUCUUUGUCCUCCUUCAUAGAUUAAUGAAAUCUGUGUGUGGGAAUAUGUUUUUUAGGAAUCUCAAGUAUACCCUUCCAUGCAGUUCUGAAAAGACAGCAUUUCUGCCAAUAAAUAAAUAUGCAAUUUAUUUUCCAAGGAAACAUAAAUCUGGAAAACAAGGCCAAGUUACAUUAGCUUGCCUAAUUUUGAUUGUAGCGUUUGGCUCUGUAGAACUUGGGGGUUUUGUUGCUAAAGUUUGGGGUCAAAAAGAAGAAAGGGGGAGAAGUGCAGGUGAUAUAGUGAAGACAGACACAUUUGAAUACUGUAUUAGAGUGGAACACAAGGGGAAAAGGUGGUUUCAAAAGCAGGGCCCCCCUGGGAAGAGACAGAUUGAAGUCACAGGGAUAAGUGCCAUUCUGAUAUUAUUUAGUUGUUAGAUUUUGAUUUCCUAUUUGUGUGCUACUUUUGUAUGACUUGCUUUUGUACCAUUUUGAAAAUUAAACAGAGCAUGAGAAAUGAUGGAAGGAAUUUCUUCCAUUUCAGUUUCAGAUCUGAGGGAAUAUCCAUAGAGAGGAGGAAAAUAAUAUAUCAAUGGUAUGUGACCUCAGUGAAGGUAAAUGGAUUUAAAAAACAACAACAACCCAAAUGCUUUCAAAUGUUGGAAAUGUUAAAAUGAUAUUUAUCUCAGGUUGAUCCUGGGGUAGAAGGUGGUGUCCUUCAAAGAACAAGUAUUUGACUUGCAUUUGAUGUGUUUUCUUUUGAUCCUUUGUUAGGAUGACUGACAAAUGGUGUCUAAAUUGUUGCAAAAUGUGUUUAUGGCAAAAAUUAGAAAGUGGCAUCAGUCCCCACUGUUAAGGGGAAACAAUAAAGUCCUGCGACAUCUUAAUGCAGGGGUGGCUAAACCACCCUAUGUUGCUGAGACUCUUAAUUUCCAUCAGCCCCAACAGCAUUGCCAUUGGACAGGGAUAAUGGAAUUUGUAGUUGAACAGCAUCUGGAAUGCCAAAGGUUAGCCACCUGCCUUUAAGAGUAACACAUUUUUUUAAAAAAAAGUCAUAUAAGGUUCCAAGGACUUGAGUUCACUUCACCAGAUGCAUGAAAUGUUAUCCUUGUACACAUGUACACAUGAUUUGAAGGUGGAAGGGGAAUGGUCAGCUGUAAACAGAGUGAUCCGAUGGAAAUGAAAUGCGAAAAAUAAAUAAAUAAGCAGAGCAUUGCAAUUAUGCUACAGUGCAAAUGGAUAUAAAAUUAUUAGAUUUCUGGUAGUGAUACAGACAUCCUGCCAUUGUGGGAUAAGACCUGCUACCGUCAGGCCAUGGGUGUUAGAACUGAUCUUCUUGAUAAGUCACAAUUCAGUGGUUUUAUAAUGGAGUCUCCCUUUGGGAGUUCUUCAGAUCAAGAAUGGCCUCUAGCAACCAUCUGGAAAUUGUUGCUGUUAAAGAAUAGCUGAUUUAAAGUUUUAGAUGCAGGAAAGGACUAGUUGUGUUAUUUCGGUUGGUUUUCUGGAAGAGUGAGGCACACUUGUUUAUGUCAGGCAUGAAGUACCGCUGGCCAAGAUAGGCCCACCAGGAGUCCUCAUCAUUUCCGCUUAGCACUCCCAAGAGUUCUUCUUCAAGUGGGGGUUGCAUUCAGUGCCUUUAUAAUUGGGAACCAGGUGCAAGCUCUGUUGGGAUCGACUCCAUUUGGGACCUCCCAGGUGGAGCCCAUCCCUGUGGCAGGGAUUGCCUUUUGCAGACGUGGCUUGAACCCAAGCUGCGCCUACAAAGGAAUAAAAGAAAGACUCAGGGGCGCAAUCUGGAUUUGUUUCCUUUGAAGUUCCCCUUCCCCCUGCAUUUUUUAUUUAUUUAACAAACUUGAUUGUAAUAAAUCCUCUCUAAGCAGUUUAUGGGAAAUAUUCAGGUUAUCAGUAAAAACAGUUAAUUUUAAUAAUCUUUAAAAUGUUUUUAAACAGCAAAGAAGAAGAAGAAAAAAAAGAUCGUGCCACACUAACAGAUUGAUUUCUUACAACUGUGGAAUGAGUAUAGCGUGGCAGCAGUAACAGUGCCGUUUCCACAAAUUGAAGUGGUUGAGUGAGUAAGGCAAUCCCGCAAGUAAACUGAUCCCAACCUGUUGAGGGCUUUCUAUACUAAAGGAACACCUUGAACUUGGCCAGUUACAAAUCGGCAACCAGUCCAGAUCUCUUAGGCCACUUGAUGUCAUGGUCAGAGGAUAGAUAGGUGGGCAUUUUGACCCACUUGUCACAGUGGCCUGCAGGGGUAGCAGAGCCACCCAGUUCCCCCGGUGGAUGUAAUGGAAUUUUAGUUGUCAUGGCAUGCAAUAGGAGAGAUGCUUGUGUAGGAAAUGAAAACUAAGAGGAUAGAACCCCAACUAUUUAGAUGUUUUAUAGACAUAAAACAUGACAUUGAAUUGUGCUGCAAGACAAUCAUAGAAUCAUAGAGUUGGAAGAGACCACAAGGGCCAUCCAGUCCAACCCCCUGCCAAGCAGGAAACACCAUCAAAGCAUUCUUGACAUAUGCCUGUCAAGCCUCUGCUUAAAGACCUCCAAAGAAGGAGACUCCACCACACUCCUUGGUAGCAAAUUCCACUGCCGAACAGCUCUUACUGCCAGGGAGUUCUUCCUAAUGUUCAGGUGGAAUCUUCUUUCUUGUAGUUUGAAUCCAUUGCUCCGUGUCCGCUUCUCUGGAGCAGCAGAAAACAACCUUUCUCCCUCCUCUAUAUGACAUCCUUUUAUAUAUCGAACAUGGCUAUCAUAUCACCCCUUAACCUUCUCUUCUCCAGGCUAAACAUACCCAGCUCCCUAAGCCGUUCCUCAUAAGGCAUAGUUUCCAGGCCUUUGACCAUUUUGGUU